AGGGAAACAAGUGGUUCGAGGGCAGGGCUCCUUGCUGUGUGAUGCCCUGGUUUAUUGCAGUGCUUCAAAGUCCCACCAUGGUUCCCUGCUGGAGCCAUCCCUGGGUGGAAACGGCAGCCCCUUUGCAGGUUGGGUCACUUCUGCUGAGCGUGGUGCUCAUUGCUCCCUACCCAGAAAUGCUCCCGCUCGCCUGUUUACAGGAGGCCCUACACUGACACCCAGAGCAGGUGAACGCUGCUUACAGCCCUGGGACGCCCUGCAAUGCCUGGUCCCCCCCCCGGCCCUGCAGCCUGGCCCUGUGGGUGGCAGAAAGAUGGCUGCCAGGGCUGGCACACAGAAGGAAAAGCACAGCUGGGGCAGCCAGGACUCACUUGGAGGGGUGCUAAUCUCCUGUGCCUGGCUCCUGGAGCUCGGAGAACACUCUGAGCUCACCCAGUACCACCCCCGUGUCAUCCGCCCAGCCUGGUCGUGGGUCCCUCACGUGCCCCGUCAAUCAUUAACAGCCCCUCGGCAGGGCAGGAGGCACAGCCGGGGUGGCACCCACCUACCAUGGUGCUCGGCGUCCGCCUUGCCUCUCCCCUCCAGCCUGCCCUGGCAGCUCUGUGCCAGGCAGUCCCCAGGCAGCACCGGGGGCUCAGCACCCCCUCGGGACAUGGACACACACUCGACCUUCGGGGCAUCUUCCCACCCCUCACCACCCCCUUCUCAUCCACACGGGAGGUGGACUACGCCCGGCUGGAGGGGAACCUGCACCACUAUGCCAGCAUCCCCUUCCGAGGGCUGGUGGUGCUGGGCUCCAACGGUGAGUACCCCUACCUGGCACCCCACGAGCGGCUGGAGGUGGUGAGCUGCGUGCGCCGGGCUCUACCCAGGGACCGUCUGCUGCUGGCCGGCUCCGGCUGCGAAUCCACCCAGGCCACCAUCGAGCUGACGAGCAGCAUGGCAGAGGCAGGGGCCAACGUGGCACUGGUUGUGACACCCUGCUACUACCGGGGGGCCAUGACCAGCGCUGCACUGGUCCAACACUACACGGAGGUUGCUGAUGCAUCCCCCAUCCCUGUGGUGCUCUACAGCGUCCCUGCCAACACUGGCCUUGACCUACCCCUGGAGGCUGUCCUCACUUUGGCUCAGCACCCCAAUAUCCUUGGGAUCAAGGACAGCAGUGGGGACAUCACCCGCAUGGGGCUGAUGGUCCACAAGACAAGGCAGGAGGAUUUCCAGGUGCUGGCGGGAUCGGCUGGCUUCCUGCUGGCGAGCUAUGCCCUGGGCGCUUCUGGAGGGGUCUGUGCUCUCGCCAAUGUCCUGGGGGCCCCACUGUGCCAGCUGGACCACCUGUGCCGUGAGGGCCAAUGGCAGGAGGCCCGUGACCUGCAGCACCGUCUCAUCGAGCCCAACACGGCGGUUACCCGCCGGUUCGGGAUCCCAGGACUGAAGAAGGCCAUGGAAUGGUUCGGCUACUACGGGGGUCCCUGCCGUGCACCCUUGGCCCCGCUGUCCCCCCGCCAGGUUGAGGAGCUGAGGGGCACCUUCAGCAUGAAUGGCUGGUUGUGAGGAGUCUCCCCACCUCGCACAAUGGGAAGGCACAGGAAUCAGGGACCCUGGGAGCUGGGGACAUGGCAGGGACACUGGAAUGUGGCCAGGAGAAAGCCACCCAUCUCACUCCUUCCUGCUGGACAGGGCUGCCCUGGGCAGAGUGAGUGGGGGCGACACCCAGUACACCCUGACCACCCUUGCACCACCACCAGCACCCAGGGUCCCACUAUGACCACCUAGGAAGGGAUGGAUCCCUGUGCUGUGAGCUGGGAAUAAACCUGCUGCCUCCCUUCUG